AUGUAUCUCAAUAUGCGAAUACCUCUGCAGUUUCUGGGAGCUGCUCGAGAGCACUCGUCAAGGGCCUUGCGUCGCCGUGACGGCGACAGCGAUCCCAGGAAAGUCACCAUCAUUGCAAUCCUCGCCGCCCUGGUCCUCAUUAUCUUCGUCGCCUUUGUAAUAUUCUCCUUCCGCGCCUCUCGACGCAAUCGCAAGCCCUCGAAAAACUCCUCCCGUGGAGGCUUUCUCAAAAUAUGGAACACGGGCGCUGGCCGGAGCAGGUACCAACAGGCUCAGGAUGAAGAAUCAAACUCCACCGAACAGCUAGCCACCCGCAGCUCCCGUACUCGCCCGACUUCCCUGCGCUUUGAUGCCUCCGCCAACCAAUCUCAGGCCGACAGCCGCUCCCCCAACAGCGCUGUGAACCGCAACACUUCUAUUCGCUCAGUCAUGACCCUGCCAGCUUAUAGGGUCGAUGCCAACGAUAACGAACAGGUUUUGGGUCGUGAGGGCGAGCGUGGCGGUGUGGAUGUUGUUAUUGAGUACCCGACGGAGGAGAAUGAGGAGGAACUGCGUGACCAAGAAAUGGAAGCACUGUACCAGAUUCGCCUGGCUCGACGACAAGAACUCGCCGAACGCGAGGAGAGGAGGAGAGAGCGUCGCGAAGCGCGAGACCGUGGCGACCACGUUGCCCUGGAGAACAUCCGCACGCAAGCCCGCAACGCCAGCAACAAUAGUGUCGUUGGCGUCCUCCGCGAAGAGCAUGAACGUAUCAAGGCCGAACGCCAAAGAAAUGUCUCUAGCGUGUCUUACGCCGAUCUUGGCGUUGCACGUCACGAUGGCACCCGAAUUCGAGCCAACAGCCAGGAAAGCGAGAGGAUGGGCUUGUUGUCGGACGCUGCUAGUAUUGCCGCCACAUCAACCAGGUCCGUUGCCGAGUCGGGCCACAGGAGAGGCAGCUCCGUCAUGAGUAUCGACAGUGACCUCCCCUCUCCUGGGCUGCCGAGAUCCCGGGCGAACUCGCGACCAGAUACGCCCCGUCUAGACACGAGAGCCGGUUCGAGCCCUGAGAUUAUCGAGGCCGAUGUUGGAGAGGCCGGCAUCCCCAUCUACUCUCCUCCCGGAUACGACGAAGUUUCCCUCGACGAUGAACACUCCAGAAGCAACACUCCUCAGCCAAACGUCGAACCCCCUCCGACCUAUCCCGGACCCUCUCAACAACGCGCAGACAAUCUUGCCUCAAAUAUGGCCGACUUGGCCGCGGAGGAGCACACGCCUGGCCAAUCUGGGCAGCAAAGCCAACAGAGCCAGCAGAGGAAGAUACCACAAUUACCAAGCCUUCGGCUACAGCAAUUACCACAGAUCGUGAUCGAGCCGUCCAGCGCCAGACCUCGUGAUGACGAGAGGUGA